CUAUGGCUGUAGGUCUAUGCAUUGACAUAACCACAUUGGCUUUUGGCGCAUCUAUUUCCAAAACUGGACCAAGAACUUUUGAUGCUUUCGGAAAUGUGGUGCGUCUAUGGGUUGUAGCGGGGAUUCGGUUAGUUCUACUACUCGGUUUAACGCUACUCACACUAGGAUCGAUAAAACCCGUAUUCAAGCGCUGGUUAGCGGUGCACUGUUUCCUUGCCCCGGUCUAUGAGACUGGGCGACGUAUGCUGUAUGGAAGUUCACCGGAGCGCGUGUAUGGAUCUUUGGGUCUGGGGAGUCCAAGUUUGUGGCUAUUGUGUACCGCGGCAGCAGCUGCAGCAGCCUUAUUUUGGGAGACAACCUUCCCUGACAGCAAUGGAGAAAGUAACGGGAAACAGAAGACGCAGAAGGCACGAGUGCUGUUCAUGAGAGUCCUCUACUUCUACAGACCUGACACCCUCCUUUUGGUUGGGGCAUUUAUAUUCCUGUCACUGGCUGUCCUCUGUGAGAUGUUCAUCCCAUUCUACACUGGAAAAGUGAUUGACAUCUUGGGUACCCAGUACAAGUGGAAUAACUUUCUCACAGCAAUCAUCCUCAUGGGGCUUUACUCUUUGGGAAGCUCUUUCAGUGCAGGCUGUCGUGGAGGCCUCUUCAUGUGUGCUAUCAACAGCUUCACCUGCAGAAUGAAAGUAGAACUGUUUGGGGCCCUGGUGAAGCAGGAGAUCGGCUUCUUUGAGACCAUGAAGACAGGUGACAUCACGUCCCGGCUGUCCACAGACACCACCCUGAUGGGCCGGGCGGUGGCCUUGAAUGUCAACGUCCUACUGAGGACCCUCAUUAAGACCGUGGGUAUGCUGUCGCUCAUGAUGAGCCUGUCCUGGAAGCUCACUCUGCUCAUGCUGAUGGAGACGCCCAUCACCGGCCUGUUGCAAAGCGUCCAUGACAACUAUUACCAGAGGCUCUCUAAGGAGGUUCAGGACUCUAUGGCCAGGGCGAACGAGGCAGCGGGGGAAACAGUUGGCGGAAUCCGGACCGUACGAAGCUUCAAAACUGAGCAGCAUGAGGCUGGUCGCUAUAACGACAGGUUGAUGGACACCCACAAUCUCAAGACCAGGCGGGAUACCGUCAGGGCAGUCUACCUGCUCCUGAGAAGACUAACAGCAGUGGUAAUGCAGGUGGCCAUGCUGUACUAUGGCAGACUGUUUAUCCAGCGAGGUCAGAUGAGCACUGGCAACCUGGUCUCUUUCAUCCUCUACCAGUCUGAUCUGGCAGACAAUAUCAGGACUUUGAUUUACAUUUUUGGCGACAUGCUGAAUUCAGUGGGGGCAGCUGGUAAGGUGUUUGAGUACCUGGACAGAGAGCCCCAGGUCAGCACCAAGGGGACCCUCCAACCAGAGACCUUGACUGGACAUGUCCACUUCAACAACCUCUCCUUCUCCUACCCUACCCGCCAGGAACGCAAAGUACUGCAGGGCUUCUCUCUGGAGCUGAGGCCGGGUCAGCUGACUGCUCUGGUGGGGCCGUCAGGGGGGGGGAAGAGCACCUGUGUCAGUCUGCUGGAGAGGUUCUACCAGCCUCAGCAGGGAGAGAUCCUAUUGGAUGGACUGCCACUGCAGAGUUACCAGCACCACUACCUACACAGGAAGAUAGCCAUGGUAGGCCAGGAGCCUGUUCUGUUCUCUGGGUCCAUCAAGGACAACAUUGCCUACGGCCUGGCAGACUGCUCUCUGGAGAGGGUACAGGAAGCUGCUCGCAGAGCCAAUGCCCACAGCUUCAUCAGCCAACUGGAGAAGGGUUACGACACAGAUGUAGGAGAGCGGGGAGGUCAGCUGUCCGGCGGUGAGAAGCAGCGUAUCGCCAUCGCCAGAGCUCUGAUCAGAGAGCCACAGGUCCUCAUCCUGGACGAGGUCACCAGCGCACUGGACACGGAGAGCGAACACAUGGUCCAGGAGGCCCUGGCUAGCUGCCCCUCCCAGACGCUGCUGGUGAUCGCUCACAGGCUGAAGACCAUUGAGAGGGCGGAUCAGAUCAUUCUGAUUGACCAGGGGACCGUCCAGGAGCAGGGCACUCACCAGGAGUUGAUGGACAGGAAGGGGAGCUACUACAAACUAAAAGAGAGACUCUUCACCGAAGACGACGCGCCACAUUGACAAAAUAAAUGCUACUGUUUGAACUGUAAAUAGAGAUGUCAUUUUCUCACUCUGUCUCUGACCGAUAGUCACUACCUCCCAAUAUACUGUAAACCACAUGUACAUCACAAAUUGAUGUAAAUAUUGAAUAUAGUUAGAUUGUGGGUUUUUCAUAAGAGAUGGACACUUCUGUUGGUGACAUUUGGCUAUCUUGUAUGAGUGGUUUUGAUUUGAUUUUAUUGUAUUGCAUUCUUCCUAUUCUUCUAUUUCUUAAUGUUUGAUUAAUACAUAGAGGGGCAGUGAGUGACCCAUGUUCUAAAAACAUUUAUUAUGUUCUGGAGAAAAAGUCUAUUAUGUUGCCUAUCCACGAGAAUAAAUAAUCUAUUAAACAUUUAAAUAUUUUGCUAAAACACAGCAUUUAAUCUGACACUUGUUUUACAUUUCCUGUACACAUCCAUAUCCAUUGUUGUGAAUGCUUUUGUCUAAGUGUAGUAUCAGUGUGACAGACUUGUCUGCAGCCAUUUUUGUGGCGAAUUGUAGCCUAAGCCAUGUUUGCCGGUAUUUUUAUUGUGCAUGAGCUUUUGACUUACUUUUUAGUGUUGUCUGGUCCACGUGUGUGUACAUGAGCACAUUUGAUUCUGGCACGGAAUAAUUGUUAUUUUAUCACACAGAGCACUAAGUCUUGGAAAGUCCCUGGAGGCCCGUCCCUUGUUCUUUGCCAAUAUUUUUGGCAGUCUGCCUGUCACGUCCUGACCAUAGAGUGCUCUUAUUUUCUAUGGUAGAGUAGGUCAGGGCGUGACUGGGGGGUUUAUCUAGUUUAUUUUUUCUAUGCUGUGUUCUAGUUUCUUUUUUCUAUGUUGGGGUUUUUGUAUGAUUCCCAAUUAGAGGCAGCUGGUCAUCGUUGUCUCUAAUUGGGGAUCAUAUUUAAGUAGUUGUUUUUCCCACCUGUGUUUGUGGGAGAUUAUUUUGAGUUAGUGCACGUUGCACCUCUGUUGUCACGGUUUGUUAUUUGUUUAUAGUUUAUUAUUUGUUUGGCUAAGUUUCACAUAAUAAUAAAGAUGUAGAACGAUA